AAGAGUUAGUCACAUUAUUGCAAAAUAAAAGUUUAUAUUAUUUGUUAAAUUUUGCUACAGCAAUGUUUUUGUGGUUUUGAAGCUGCUAACGCUGUGUUCAGUGUAAGGUAUAAAUUAAAUUGUUAUAAAUAAAGUCUGGUCAGCAACGUAGUAGGCGCUGCCAAAACAACAGCAACAACAACAAUAACAAUGGUUGGAAUUAUUGAUGAAGCGCAGCUGUUUUAUCCGUUGGGCACACGCAUCAAAAUAGGCAGUAACUGUGGCACUGUUAAAUACGUAGGCGAGGUGAAUGGCCACACGGGCAUUUGGUUGGGCAUUGAGUGGGAUGACGGCAUGCGUGGCAAGCACAAUGGCAUUAUGGAUGGGAAGCGUUAUUUUCAGACGCAACUGCCAACUGCGGGUAGUUUCAUUAGGCCUGGCAAGGUAGGUCCUUGCGCCACGUUGGAAAAUGAGGCACGUGAACGUUAUCUUAACUACGACUCAAGCAAUGUGGAUGCGACGUUGAUACGCGAGGCACAGGCCUCGUUGCAAGCAUCGUUAUUCGAGGUGGUGGGCAUGGACAAGAUAGCACGCAAGCAAAGUAAGUUUGAACAACUGACAGAAGUUAGCGUCGAUGAGAUGCCUGUAAAUGCUGCGGGCUACCUAAAGGAUUUGACUCAGUUAACCACACUUAAUUUGAGUCACACGUUAAUCUGGAAUUGGGAAAUUGUGGCCAGCAUUACAGAUCAGUUGCCUAUGCUGAAAAAUUUAAAUUUAAGCUGUAAUCGAUUGGUGUUGCCUAAAACAACGCAGAUCAACGACCUGCAGCCAGCCUUUCAACAACUGAAGCAUAUUAAUUUGCGUGAUUGUGGUUAUUCUGAUUGGAAGGAUGUUAUGCAGACAGCUUUGUUGUGGCCAGAUAUAGAAUCAUUGGGGUUGCAAGAAAAUCCGUUAGGGCAGCUUGAAGUGGUUGACUGCAAACGGAUCUUUCGACAGCUGCGUGAGCUUGACCUGCAUCGUACAAAACUAAUGGACUUUGAUCAAGUUUGUAAGCUGGGUAAUAUACGCACAUUGCGUCUGCUUAAUCUCAUGGAGAAUGGCAUUGAGCAGCUCCAGCUGCCCGAAUGUGAGCCGCAGUUGAAGCUGAAUUUGUUUAUGUCGUUGGAGCAGAUCAACUUGUUGCACAAUCCCAUAUGGAAUGAGGCGGAAGCAUUCAACGAGCUGGACAAGUUGCCACAGUUAAAGCGUUUAAAUAUGACGCCACAUUUAAAAUCAAAUUUCAAUGAAAUGUUUUCCAAGGCUGUUGCUAGCAUUGCCAGUCUGCAGUUUCUCAAUAAGGCACAGGUGACAGCUGAGGAGCGGCGUGGCGCCGAGUAUGAUAUUUGGAAAAAGUAUGCGCUGGAUUGGGUGCAGGCAACCAAACUUGGCGCUGACGCAUUGCGGGAGUUUUACAAGAAGCAUCGCACAUAUUUUUUGAUUGUGAAGAGAUGUGGUUCGCCUGCUGACUUUGUCCCUAGCACGCAGGCCAAGCAAUCGAAUCUCAUUAAGUUGCGCAUACUUCAUCAGCAGACGGGGGAGACAUGGGAAAAGAAAGUACCGCGCAUGAUUACCGUGCAGACACUGCGAGGAUUGAUCAUGAAGCGUUUUCGUUUGGUUGGAAAAUCGCCGCAGCUCUGUUAUAUUGAUGCAAAACAUCCGGAGCUAGUGGUGCCGUUGGACAACAAUGCAAAAACGUUGGAUUUUUAUUCAGUGCAGGAACUUGAUACAGUCUUAGUUCAAUAAUUGCAAAAAAUUCCUUUUUCCUUCUCUUUAUUUGGUAUUCAAUAUGGUAUUGUAGCUCUGCGCAGCAAAUUAAUUCAAAUUAAUGUUAAAUUAUGUAUUAACUGUGACUUCCCCUUGUAACCUGCUAUGCAAUACAAAAUUAGAAUGUUAAUUAUUAGGUACUUAAGUUUAAAU